AUGCUAUUUGAACUUUCAGAAACACAAAAAAGUCUUGGAGAAACCUCGACCCUUCCGAAAGGGGAGCCCACUGUUUCACUAACCACACUUGAAACUACCACCACCAACAACAGCAACACUGCCACCAUCACCACCAACCCAGACAAUAAUGGCAACAACAAUGGCGGCGGAGGAAAGGACAGAAUUAGCAUCCAUUUUAACCAUCUUAAGAAGUUACUCGAACAAAUGAAAAGCUACUUAACUGAACUUAAGACUCCUUCAGGUGAUCAGCGAUGUAAACAACAUGAAGAUCUGCAAAAGAAGCUCCAAGAUUUAAGUGAAAAAGAGAAUGCACCCUCCGCUCCAAAAAUUCCAAGCAACAGGCUUAGUGAUACCAGAAAGGAAAUUUUGAAGUUAAAUCAGCAGCUGAUUUCAUCACUAGUCAGUCUGUCCAAAGAAAAUAGUUCGAAAUCUAAUAAUCUACAGACAAGCAGCGGGUCUAAUGGGCGCCGCAGUGCAGUCGGUGAAUUGGUCAACGUACACCAGGGUGUAUUCUUCAGCAGCUGCUCAUUUUUCCGUGAAAUUCAGGAAUUUUUUUACGGACUUGAUCGUAAAAGCCAGUUCCUUUUGUCAUGCUUUACUGUAUUCCCAGAAAAUGCAGUGGUGAAGAGGAGGAUCUUUGUAUAUUGGGGAUUGGGAGAGGAGUUGUGGGACGCUAAAGGAAAAUCACCUGAGAAAAUCGUUGAUGAAAUUCUCGAGGAAUUUCAAGAGAGAGGCUUAAUCGAGCCUGCUAUAAAAAAGCGAAAGCAGCCCCAGCAUGUUAAAAGCUAUAGAAUGGAUCCUCUUGUGCGUUCUGCUGUGACUCUGCUUUCCAAGGAAGCUAAGUUUUUUGAUUAUGAUGGUAAGGGGAAUGUGCUUCCCCAGAGAGAUUGGACUUCUGGUUUAGAUUCUAAGGGGAAUCCGGUAGUGGAUGAAAAUGUCUCAUGGCCACGCUCUCAAAGGUUGUGUUUGCAAAAUAUCGUGGAGCCGGACGAGAGGAAACCUUCUACAGUCAAGGAUAUCAAGCGAACGGUUUCAGAUCAAGAUUUGGAAAAUGCCGUCACAUUAUUUAAUGCUAAUGAGCCUUUUCCUGAUCUCGAAUUGGCGCGGCUAACAAAGAUGAAAGAUAAAAAUGUGGCACAGACGAAAGAGCCAAGUGCGGCGGACUGGUUAUCGAAGAUGAAUAGUGCCAAAGUUGUUUGCCUGGGAAGCUGGCCGGGAUCAGCUAAAUCUCAUAUUGAAGUGCAGAGCAGAGAAUUCUUAAGAGGAUUGACAAAUAUGAAAAGUUUAAGCUUCCUUAGCCUUCAAGGGAUCUCUAGAAUUAUAGAGCUUCCACGUUCCAUAGGCCUGCUCAGAUCUUUGUUGAUCUUAGAUCUCAAGGAGUGUCACAAUUUGGAGAUUCUCUCAGAGGAGAUAGCCAAUCUCACGAACCUCAGGUACUUGGAUGUUUCUGACUGUUAUCUGCUAGCUGACAUGCCCAAGGGGCUAAGGGCACUCUCAGAACUUCGAGUCCUUAAGGGUUUUGUCAUUAGUAAUCGGCAAAAUCGAAGGCCGGGCACUUCAGAUGAUUUGAUGGGAUUGAAGAAGCUAAGGAAACUGACUGUCAAUGCAAGAAGUAAGGACUUCCCUACAGGAAACGAUCUAAGUGCUCUCCAAGAUCUUGGUGAAAAAGGAGUACUUCGAAACCUAACAAUAGUAUGGGGACCAGCUGAGCCAAAUAAAGCACCCAAAUCAGAAGAUAAGAUUGUAGAAGAAACCAAACCAGCUGGAACGGUUCCUAUAAUUGAGAAACUUCCAGAGAAACUGCAGAAGCUGGAUCUUCAGUGUUUCCCCAAGUCUACGGCGACGUGGCUGACACCUGAUUCUUUGUCAAACCUUGAUAAACUCUACAUAAGAGGAGGAAACCUCGCAACUCUGGGGGAAAGCAAAUGGUCCAAGUCUGGCCCUAUUGACAAGUCGGUGUUAAAGUUGCAGCCCACCCAUCAGUCAGAAGCUAUUUGGAAUAGGCAGGAUCCAGGGGCCCUUACUUGUCGUGGCCGUACUGAAGAGUUCUCCAACCGAGAGCCAAUGGUGGAUGAUCGAGUCGUUGACAUCAUUAAGGCAUUGGGCUUGGAGGGACUGCUGAGGCAGCCGGGUAGAGAGCUUGACCAUGGCCUAAUUAUAGCCUUAAUGGAGUGA